UUAGUUACAGCCAGUGUCCCGGGGACACGUCCCUACUAUAGGACCUUUAAGUGCACUUCUGAGUUAAAUGUAUAUGGUAUAAGAACGAGUGCAGUUAAUCGAUAUAGAUUUUUGGCAGGAUAAAAGAACUUUAGCUCAAAUUUCGAGGCGGUGUAACGUGUCGUUACAUUCCCCAAUCAAAUAUGGCCGAAUGCGGUAAACUGAAGGUAAUCGUGAAAGGGCUGCCAGUAGAAAACAUGGCGACCAAGGCAGUCCGUCAGCGAAAUAGACGGGGAAGCAAACAAGAUUCUAGCAACGCGAACACUUCAGCUGUCAGUGAAAGCCGAAUCGCAAAGGACGAAAAGGGUGUCGAUGACAGUAAAUCAAAUGAUCUACGAAAUGAGUCGUCCAGCAAGGCAGGGCAGGUGUGGGCCCCUGAGGGCUCCACGGCCUUUAAGUGUCUGGUGUCAGCCCGUUUCUGUGCAGCCUUGCUCAGCAACAUCUCGGACUGCGACGAGACCUUCAACUACUGGGAGCCAACUCAUUACCUGUUGUAUGGGAAAGGCAUGCAGACGUGGGAGUACUCUCCAGCUUAUGCCAUUCGCUCCUAUGCCUACCUGUGGCUCCAUGCCCUACCUACUUGCUUUCAUGCCAAGAUUUUGCAGACCAACAAGGUCCUGGUGUUUUAUUUCCUCCGCUGUGUGCUGGCGUUCACGUGUUGCGUAUGUGAGCUGUACUUCUACAAGGCUGUGUGCAAGAAGUUUGGCCUGCACGUCGGUCGCCUCACGCUGGCCUUCUUGGUCCUAAGUGCGGGAAUGUUUUGCUCCUCUGCAGCGUUUCUGCCCAGUACUUUCUGCAUGUACAGCACAUUGGUUGCUAUGACUGGCUGGUUCCAGGGUUGGUCCAGCCUGGCAGUCCUGGGCAUUGCCGCAGGGACCAUCGUGGGCUGGCCCUUCAGUGCCCUGCUUGGAAUACCCAUUGCUUUUGACCUACUGCUGGUGAAGAGAAAGUGGAAAAGUUUCAUAACAUGGGCAGUAGUGGCCCUAGUGCUCUUUCUGGUUCCUGUUGUGGUGGUGGACACUUAUUAUUAUGGCAAGGUUGUAGUUGCUCCUCUCAAUAUAAUACUCUACAAUGUCUUCACUCCUCAUGGGCCAGAUCUCUAUGGUACUGAGCCAUGGCACUACUAUUUUGUUAAUGGUUUCCUCAACUUUAACAUCGUGUUUGUGUUGGCCCUGUUUUCCCUUCCUCUCACGGCACUUAUGGAGGCUCUGCUUCUUAGGUUCAACGUGCAGAACCUUGGCCGCCCCUAUUGGCUGACCCUGUCACCCAUGUACCUGUGGAUGGUCAUUUUCUUCACCCGCCCCCACAAGGAGGAACGCUUUCUUUUCCCUAUCUACCCCCUCAUCUGCCUGUCUGGUGCUGUGGCCCUCUCCUCCCUCCAGAAGUGCUACCACUUCAUGUUCCAGCGUUAUCGUUUGGAGCACUACACCAUCUCUUCCAGCUGGCUGGCCCUGAGCUCUGUGCUGCUGUUUGCUGUCCUCUCCCUCUCCCGCUCGGUCGCUCUCUUCCGAGGUUAUCACGCGCCACUGGAUUUGUAUCCUGAGUUCCACCGCCUCGCCAGAGAGCCGGGCAUGCACACGGUGCCCGAGGGCCGGCCUGUGAGCGUCUGUGUGGGCAAGGAGUGGCACCGCUUCCCCAGCAGCUUCCUGCUGCCCAACAAUUGGCAGCUGCAGUUCAUCCAGUCUGAGUUCCGGGGGCAGCUGCCCAGGCAGUUUGCCGCAGGCCCUGAUGCUACACGCGUCCUCCCUACCGACAUGAACGACCAGAACCGGGAAGAGCCGUCCCGAUAUGUGGAAUUAAAGCAGUGCCACUACCUGGUGGACCUGGCCACUGAUGCCGAGUCCCCACGCGAGCCUCGCUACACUGCCAACAAAGAUGAGUGGAGCGUCAUCGCAGAGAAACCCUUCCUGGACUCCUCAAAGUCGUCUAGGUUCUUCAGGGCGUUCUUCGUCCCAUUCCUGUCUGAGCAGCACACCACCUACAGCAGAUAUGUAAUCCUUAAACCCCGGCGGACAAAACAUGGCCGAAAGCAAACACCAGGCUGACCCGUUGUCUCUUCACCUUGUGGUGUUUUUUUGUUUGUUUGUUUUUGUUUUUGUUCCCCUACUUUCACAUUCCUUCAUGGCUUCUUCCUCCAUCAGUUUCAGUUCAUGACUAGAAGGUGAGCAAGAACCUGAUGUUUUGUGAUGUCAUGUCUUGUCCUGCCUUCACUGUCCACCUUCUUCUGAAUUCUGUGUGCUCACACGUGUGCAUUUGAGCAAAAGCAACAAACCAUGCAGUGUCUAACCAUAUUAUGUCUACCACUAGCUGCCCUGAUCAUUGCUACUGACCCCCUCAGCUCCACUCCCUUCUCAACCAUGCCUCCUCCCAUUAUGCACCACUGCUGACAAUCUCGACCUACUGGCCUCUUCCGUACUCUUAUGACUAAAGGAUCUUUAUUCUGCAGCCCCCUUUAAGGAGAUCUCCUUGUUCACCAGGCCGGGCAUGUGCAUCCCCGCAAUCUUGGCCUGAUGUCAGACUGAUGAACCGAACUCGGCAGGUCUUGGACCUUGCCACUGGUCUCAGCUGCCAUCUGUGUUCACCCAGCUGGCACUGGCGCUCCAGGGAGCCCCGCCCUCCCUGGAUCCCAGUGCAUAUGCACCCUUGCCAUACCCUACUGCGACUUCACCAAACUGGCAACAUCAACAGUGUGUCAGGUUCCUCCAGUCGCGCUGGCUGACCAUAAUUUGGCGUCCAUGGAGAGUGGAUGAUGAGCGAGGGUCUGAUGCUCGAGUGGUUCACAUGAUGUUGUCUUGUCCUCAAUAAGAGUCAUGUCAGUGUUGUGUUUCAUGGAGUCUAAUAAAGAGUAUCUUGAUGAGCAUGGUGAGCAAAGACUGUUCCUCGAACUGAUGAACACCAGGUGCUAAUGUGUGAAUAUCUCUGUUUUCUUCUCUGUAACAGUCGAUUUUAUGGAUUAGGGAAACAAAUCUUGUCAGCAUAAAGUGUUUAUAGUGCUGACAUUUGAGUAUUUUUUACAAUAAUAGGUCACCCAGCAUUCUAAAAUGGCAAAGGAUACAUGAAAAUUGGAUUGGAGCCAACUAGAAUAAUACUGUCGCCUAUUAGGUUACAUUUGUAGUUAGCAUUAGUGUUAGCAUUGUUCCUUUAAGUUCUAGAGUUCUUUUAAGAUCUAGUGAAAUGUCACUUCCAUGAGAUGCCUGAGUGCUACUGAAUAAACGUGUUUGUCACUGAU